UGUUGAAUACUUGAAUUUUAUCUAUGAAAAUAUCUAUUUAGCAACGUUAUAUCAUUUUAAAUCAUGGUGAUUUAGUGACGAUGACGACCGAUGUCCGAUACAGUACCUACCUCGUGUCCUCGUAUAGUGUCGGUAAUAUAGAUUAUAUUAUAAUCUGUGGUAAUACACUCGAGUUCUCAAUUUAGUAAGUUAAAUAAAAUUCUUGUAGGUUAUUCGAUAGUCCAAAAGUAGUACGUUAUAACUAUAACUGAUAAUAUUUCAUUUUAAAUUUAUAAAUUUUUAAUAUCUACUAUAUUUUUGUACGGUUAAGUAGUUGAAGUUGACGCUUAUAAGUUAAAUUAUAAAACUCGAAACCGUUAUUAUUACGAAUUUGUAUAAUUAUUAAUACCUACGCCGAUUUUAUAGAAAUAUUCUAAGGAUAACCUAAACGUUUUUAAUCCAGUCGACGCCUGGCCCUGGCAGACGAUUCAGUGUAUUAUACGUAGAAAUAUCUCACGUAAAAUAGUUCAAUUGGUUCAAAUGGUUUAUGUGUGGCGGACAAUGGAUACGACAUUUCGAGGACGCGGUAAUGGUUACAAGUCGAUCGCAAUGAUUGCUGUGAUAGCUGGUGUUUACGUUUCGAUUGUGUCUGUCUUGCGUUUCGGCCAUUUCUUAGCCGGUUUCAACACUUCACCGUCGUCCAAUAAUGAUUUAUUACCUACCGUCUCUCGUAUUCAUUUUAGGAUAGUUACGAACUGGACACUUGCAUCUUGUUAUUUAUAUUUACCCUCGAUAAUUGAGAUUGGCAUUGAAAGAAUUGGCAACUUAUGUGGAUUACCCGAUUGUUAUUUCAAAUUUACUAGAAUUGUAUUGCUUUCAUCUAUUUUAAACGGUGUUAUUGAAUUUUGGCAGGAAGUUCCUGAGAUAUGUUUAUGGAAUCUGAACAAAAAUUAUGCUGAAAAUAUACACUUUUAUUUGCAUUGUUCUAUGUGGAUUAUAUCAUUUAUGAUUAUGUUAGCAAUUGAUGUUACUGAGAUAACAGGACUCAAACCGAUUUUUUAUUAUCAUUUAAUGAAUGAAAAUGUUUGCUCAUUGAAAUCUCAGCAAUUUCAUCGAUUUUUAUCAAAUAUGGGAUUUCCAGGAUCCUCAUGUCUUUUAAUUAUUUUAUGGUCUCAAAAAUUAAUGAGCUUUGAUAGGUUGUUAUUGGCUGUAAUUUGGACUUUAGGAAUAUUAUCUUGUAAUCAGUCAGAUGAUAAAGAUAUUAAAUACGUUGCCAGACAAAUCGAGAAAAAAAAGGCAUGGAUGUAUUAUUCAGAGAAAAUAUCGGUUUCACCGUUGAAAUAAAACGUUUUAUUAAUUAGCAAAUAUUUGAAAUUCUAUAUAUGUAUAUAAAAUAUAUUAUUGUUUUCAGUAUAUUGAUUUUUAUUCGUGAAAUAUAUUAUAACUUGUAAACUUAUAGAAACACAG